AUGGACUACUGGGGUCGGCCUUGGACAGCUGGCUGGCAGAAGCCACGUUACCCCCAAAAGUCUUGGGGCUACGGCGGAUACGAGGACAAGCGAGAAGCAUGGAAUCUUCAGCGGGGCUGGCGGGAAUCGUCGAGCUCCGGACAGUAUGGCUGGGAGGAGCUUCGUAGUCGAGCAGUCCCCCCGCCGCCGAGACCGAGGCAGAGGCUGCAAGUCCCCGAGCUGGACCUCUGCGGCCAGGACCGUGGCCACCUCCUCGAGGUCUUGGCCUUGGCUGGCGCCGUGCACUUGUCCCCUGGCUGGGAGCAUGUCGGGUCAACCGAUACAGGGGAAUCGCCAGUGAGGCCUGAGUACGACAAAUGGCACGCCUUGAUGUUCGAGGCUACUUCUCAGAAGAAGAAGUGGAAAUCACGUCCUUGCGUUCACGAUCGCCACUUGCGAUUCUCGUCCUGCGAAGAUCUGAGCCGAACCUUGCUUGGAGAGGCCAAGUACCAUGAGCCGGACAAUCGUGUUGCCUUUGGGCUGUCGGAGUCCAGCGCCAAGUCACAGUUCGUUGACUGGGGAGACCUAAAGUGGGCCCCGGAAGGCUACAUGGCGCUGAAGGCGGCUGUGGCCAAGCUGUUCGAGUCCGAAGUUGCAAGUCUUUGCAGCACAGAGAAUGGGAGCCGGGACUUGCUAGGUGUGAAGCUUCGACUUGGAUGGGAGAAAUGGGGCCGCAGUGGCCUCAGACACUGUGUGUAUCCUGCUGAGGGCACCUGCUCCUCACACACAGACUAUGGGGUGGUGACCCUGCAGUUGUCCAAUGGACCCGGCUUGGAGGUGUUUGCCCACGGUUCCUGGCAAGUGCUAGAGGAGCCUCCAGAAGGAGGAGCUCUGCUUUUCGCCGGAGACAUGUUGGAGCGGCUGACAAACGGACAGAUCAAGGCGCUUCCGCAUCGGGUCCAUGUGCAGAAAGAGUCCUUGGAAUC